UAUACUGGGUUUUAGAAAAGUUGAGAAGGCGACCCGGCUAGCUACCACAGUAAUGCGUAAUCACGGAGAGCUUUAAUCGAUCCUUUCUUCAAUUUCUUCUACGAAGUCUCUUCAAUUUAAUCAAACGGCGAGAUAGAAAUAGUAGUUAGGUUCCGUUGACAAGUAAAUAUCAGGAGUAGCCAAACAUCAGCUUGUAAAAAAUGGGUCAAAAUGAAAACGACAACCAAGUGCUUGAUUACAGCUGGCACCAGACUGACAAGGCUGUAUUCAUCAGCUUGAAGUCUGGGCCCGGACUCAGUGAUGACGACGUAGACUUUGAAAUCACUAGCAGAGACCUACACCUUAGACUUAAGGAUGGUCGUGACUGGUUGUGUGAGUUCUUCAAGGAAGUUGACCAUCCGACGUGCAGCUUCCACGUCGAUGAGAAAGAAAUUGGAAUCCAGAUUGAGAAAGCUGUCCACGGUCAGACGUGGCCACAGCUACAGGCUGAUCCCACUUCCUUGAGGAACGGCACCCCCGAUCCACCUGUUUCCAUCAGCACCGCCGCCCCCUCCACACCCCCCAAGAUGUCAGCCUCCGCACCCCCACCCCCUCCCCCUCCCCCACCCAGGGCCCCGACUCCUCAGCAGUCAGUCCAUGCUCCUGUACCACCGGCUCUGUCUGACGUUGAAAUCCAACGGCCGCCAAAAGCGUACAUCAUUAACCAUGCCAAGAAUGACUGGUUUGAGAAAGACCUUUCAAGUUUAGCCCUCCACAUUUACAUCAAGGAAAUCGACAAGGAGUCCAUCGAUGUCAAUUUCCGAGACCAGGAGAUGACAGUCAGAUUCAAGACAAAUGACCAGAAGUUUCUACAGCUUCACACUGAUUCCAGCGGUGAGACUCUCUUCAGCUGGACCAUCCACUUGAAGAAUUCCAUCUUACCAGAGCAGUGUACAUACAAGAUAACCCAGUACAGGCUGGAGGUGCUCCUGAGAAAGAAGGUUCCUGAGAGGUGGGGUUCCUUGGAGAGGGCCAUGACGAAAGCAGCCAAUUCAACGGUCCACAGCAGCGGUUCAAGCAAAUGGAUGCCGCUAUCAGCCGCCAAGAACCAAGAUACCGAGGAGAUGGCCAAAGAUAUGGGCUCCGAAAAGGAUAUGCUGAGAGGAGCGGUGGGCGGGGCCAAGUCGGUGGAUGCGGGGGCGGAUAACAGGUCACAGCCCCUCGUUACGAAGCCAACCUGCACAGUGCCCCCGCAGUCUCACCUGCCGGGUACCAGUCAAUCAGCAACCAAGGCAGAGCUCUACUACAAUCCAGGCUUCACAGGGUUAGACAAUCUAGGCAACACGUGCUUCAUGAACAGCGUACUGCAGGUCCUGGCCAACACGCGAGAACUCAGGGACUACAUGCUCGAUUCUAACAUGAAGAGUGAGAUUAACUACAGUAACCCGCUAGGCACCGGGGGCACCCUGAUCCUGACGUUUGCUGUUCUUAUGAGGUCGCUCUGGUCGGGUAAAUUCAGGUCCUGUGCUCCGUCAAAACUCAAGAACACGGUUGCGAGUAAAGCCAGUCAGUUUAUGGGCUUUGCACAGCAUGACGCACAGGAAUUCAUGGCAUUUCUGCUGGAUGGUCUUCAUGAGGAUUUGAACAGGGUCAAGAACAAGCCUUACAUCGAGGCUCAGGAUUCAGACGGCAAAGCAGAUGAGGAAGUGGCAGAGACUGCCUGGCAGGCCCACAAGAAGCGCAACGACUCUUACAUCGUUGAUCUCUUCCAGGGACAGUACAAGUCCAAGUUGGUCUGUCCAGAGUGCGGAAAGGUGUCUAUAACCUUUGACCCCUUCAUGCACCUGUCAGUCCCCCUCCCCAAGAAGAAGAGAGUUCUUCCUGUCUUCUUCUUUUCCAAGGACUACUACCGGAAACCAGUCAAGUAUGUGGUGGCCCUGUCUACAGAUGCCACUGUGGAGGAACUCAAGUCAGUCAUGGCAGAGAAGACCGGAGUCCAGGCUAUCAAUUUACGGGUAUUUGAGAUGUAUAGCAACAGGGUUCAGAAGAUAUUCAACAAGGCUAGCAGUCUCAGCAGUGUGUCCAACAAUGAUAUCAUAUUUGUGUGUGAGGUUUUGUCCAAGGAGGUAUCAGGCGAAGAGGUACAUGAAGUCACUGUCAUGCAGCGCAUGAUGAUGCCAGCCCCAGUGUCUCGCUGCUCCUACUGCAGGAAGGAUAGAGAAUCAGACCACUCCCUCAAACACUGCACAAAAUGCUACAGAGCGGGAUACUGUGACCCUAACUGCCAGAAGAAGCACUGGCCGACCCACAAGAUGUCCUGCCGACGAGACUUGGAGCCCGUCGGCUGUCCCUUUGUCAUCAGUCUGCCCGCUUCCCACUGUACCUACGCCAGGCUGUGUCAAGCCAUGGAGGCAUUCGCAAGGUACUCCACAAAUAUAUUUCAGCCACCGGUGACGGCAACUUGCAAGCCGCCCACUCCAUCCACCCCUCCCGGCUCCACGGCACCCACAGACACAAUUGAAACAUCCCAGUCAAGCCCUAUUGUCAGGGGCCAGGGUGAUGCAGCCGGACUGGUCCAUUCCGAAGACAGGGUGGAUUCGGGCGGAGAGGGCAGGGUGACACUAGAGGAUUCCAUGCGAGAAGAAUGCAGAAGUGGUUCUUCGACCGAGCAAACUGAGACGACCAGUGAGGAAAACAUGAAGCAUAAACCAAGCGAUGGUGUCACAACAGCUACCAUUCACGGUCAGCCCCAGCUACCAGAGAGGACCAUGCCGCCAUUCUUCAUCAAACCAGUCAACAUGUCAGGGUAUGGACUGAUCAAACCCCAAGGGGAACGUAUCAGCGACAAGGGUGAUAAUCCAAUCGAUCUGAAGCAAUACAACUUCCUAGCCAUGGACUGGAGGAACGAUCCUAAACAGCAGAAUCACGUCCUGGUGGAGUCCAAAUCCCUGGAAUAUGAGGAAGAUGAUUCAGUGUAUGAAUUAUAUGAAGAAGAGAAGAGUACAACAAUUGAUCAUUGCCUGAACCUCUUCACUGAACCGGAGAGACUGACACCAGAUGAAGCAUGGUAUUGCCCUCAGUGCAAGGAGCACCGGGAAGCCACCAAGCAGAUGUCUCUCUGGAGGCUUCCCUCCUCCCUCAUCAUCCAGCUCAAACGCUUCUCCUUCAAGAACAUGAUCUGGAGAGAUAAGAUCGACAAGCUGGUCCGCUACCCCAUCAGGGGACUAGACUUAACCCCUUACUGUCACGGAUUGAAGGGCCCGGUACCACCCAUCUAUGACCUGUAUGGCGUCAUCAACCAUCACGGGGGUAUUCUAGGGGGGCAUUACACCGCCUUGGCAAGACUGCCUAGCCGGGAAAGCUGGAAGAAGAACGAAUACGAUUGGCGUCUGUUUGAUGACAGCCACGUGUCGCAGAUCUCCGAGAAGAACGUCUGCACCCAGUCAGCGUACCUCCUGUUCUACCGCCUCCGUCAGCCGUACAUCCCCUACAUGCCCCUCCCCCUGAAUGACGAUAUGCCCCGCCCACUGACUGCCGAUGCACCCAUGGACUGCGAGUCUGCUCAGAGCGCUCCCUCGCUGAAGAAGGUUGCCCUGGAGGGGGAGGGCGCGAAUAUGAAAGACGCGGAAGAAGCGGAUGCAGAUAUGCAAGCGCAGGAUGGGGCGGGGUCAAAUUUAGUGGGAGGGAAGGCUUUCCCAGCUGAGCGCGAAGCUAGUGCAGAUACCACCCCCAAGAAUGUGAAAGAUAAGGAUGAACUUCCUUACACCGACAUGGAGGAUAUCGAUUAAAAAUCGAUAUCAUCUCAGGGAAAGUGAAUGCAGUCAUGCAAGCGCAGGAGGGGGCGGGGUCAAAUUUAAUGGGAGGGGAGGCUUUCCCAGCUGAGCGCGAAGCUAGUGUAGACACCAUCCCCUAGUAUUUAAAAGAUAAGGAUGAACUUCCUUACACCGACAUGGAAGAUAUCGAUUAAAAAUCGAUAUCAUCUCAGGGAAAGUAAAUGCAGUCAUGUAAGCGCAGGAGGGGGCGGGGUCAAAUUUAAUGGGAGGGGAGGCUUUCCCAGCUGAGCUCGAAGCUAGUGUAGACACCAUCUCCUAGUAUUUAAAAAGAUAAAAAUCCUUACACCAACAUGGAAGACAUCGAUUAAAAAUUGAUAUCAUCGCAGAUGAAGUGAAUGCAGUUUUGCAAGCCCGGGGGGGGGGGGGGGGUCAAAUAUAGUGAGAGUGGGGGCUUUCCCAGCUGAGCGCGAAGCUAGUGUAGACACCACCUCCAAGUAUGUGAAAGAUAAGGAUAUAACUUCCUUACACCGACAUGGAGGAUAUCAAUUAAAAAUCUAUAUCAUCGCAGAUGAAGUGGAUGCAGUAAUGCAAGCAUAAGAUCCUUACACCAACAUGGAAGAUAUCGAUUAAAAAUUGAUAUCAUCGCAGAUGAAGUGAAUGCAGUUUUGCAAGCCAGGGGGGGGGGGGUCAAAUAUAGUGAGAGUGGGGGCUUUCCCAGCUGAGCGCGAAGCUAGUGUAGACACCACCUCCAAGUAUGUGAAAGAUAAGGAUAUAACUUCCUUACACCGACAUGGAGGAUAUCAAUUAAAAAUCUAUAUCAUCGCAGAUGAAGUGGAUGCAGUAAUGCAAGCACAGAAGCAGGAGGAGGGGGAGGGGUCAAAUUAAGUGGGAGGGGAGGCUUUCCUAGCUGUAGAUAACCACCUCCAACUACUUGAAAUGAUGAAUUUCCUUACACCAACAUGGAAGAUAUUGAUUAACAAUCUAUAUCAUCGCAGAGAAAAUGGAUACAGUCAAGCAGGAGCAGGAGGGGGAGGGGUCAAAUUAAGUGGGCGGGGAGGCUUUUCCAGCUGACCGCGAAGCAAGUGUAGAUACUAGCUCCAAGUACUUGAGAGAUAACUUUGAAGAAAUUCCUUACACCAACAUGGAGGAUAUCGAUUAGAAAUCGAUAUUAUUGAUACAAAUGUCUUCACAUCCCCUGCCACCCUGGUGAAAUUCCUUACACCAACAUGGAGUAUAUCAAUUAGAAAUCGAUAUAAAUUUCUUCGCAUCCCCUGACACCCUGGUGAAAUUCCUUACACCAACAUGGAGGAUAUCGAUUAGAAAUCGAUAUUAUUGAUAUAAAUUUCUUCAAAUCUCCAGCCACCCUCUCUUCAAUAUUUAAUCACAAAAUCUGCCUAGGGCAGAUUGAGUCUACUCAUGUUGUCAGUUUGUAGACUUCCUUGUCAAGUUGUAUUGUCCUUCAUUUAUUGCACUCUGAUAGAGUCCUUACAUUUUUAUCAAAAGGGAAGUCUGUGUAGAUGUAGUAAAUGUGUAAAGUUAGCAUUGAAAAUUGAUCAGAUCUCACAUGAAUGAAUAAUAAUAAUUUAAUAAUUUACACAUUUAUAUUUUGCCAAUUCCAUAUGAAUAUGAUCAAAUGCGCAUCACAAUUAUUAUCCCUGUUCAUCAGGAAUGAGACCAUUCUUUUUUCUGCAGCAGCUCGAGAUCAGCACAAUUUGUUCUCUACCUUCACAGGUACCCAUUUAUACACCUGGAUGGAGAGAGGCGAUUGUAGUAAAGUGCCUUGCCCAAGAGCACAAAGCACCGUGUUCCCCGUCAGGGUUCGAACCCAUGUACCACGGCACACGAGUCCAACACUGUAACCAUUUGACACAGCGCCCCACAGCAUGAUGUGUAGAUCUGAAUCUCAGACCCAGUGCUAAUCCCAAUAAACUAUUCGGUUCUGUUUUGGAGUUAUUGAAUGUCGGUUACUAAGACUAAGAGGUUCCGAUCAUACGAUAUCAAAGUACCAUGUGACCUGACCAUCCGGUUUUUCCCAUAAUCUGCCACCAUUGCAGUAGGCAAGCAUUUGGCUUGCAACCGCAUCAUUCAUCAUAAAAUAGACAGUAGGGCUUAUUUUCAUGUAAAAAUAUCCUGGAGCUACCGCAAGUGAUGACGAAGCAUCAUUUACUUCUCAUAUAUGGAGACCAUAGUGAUACAGGUUUAUAAUGGGCGACCUUGCCAUUUCCCAGCUCGCCGUUGGCAGAAUGCCGCCUUCCUGCAGCCUUCAGCCAAAUCCGGAAGGGUCAACUCAUCCUGUUUGGAACCUUCGUUGUGCCGGUUGUCAAGGUUACAAGCAAUGCUACCGUUGCCAAGCGCUCUGCAAUCCUGCCCGAGGCGAUGCGUAUUGCUUAACAAAACUUGCUUAUCAAAAUUAAUGUAACUCUUUUUCUUUUGAAGUUAAAAGGGAUGACAAGACAUUUUUUUGUAAAAUUAAUUCGGUUUGCUAUUAAAGUUUUAACUGUUUGAUUCCUUUUCAGAUUGAAGUUUGCCAUGAGUGAUGUUGCUUGACAGUUGCGUUAAGCCCAAUUUCAAUUGUCUACUAACAGAACUGUAGAGCUUAGGGAGUAAGCACGACGAAUAGAACACUAAAUUGGCAGCAGAAAAUGCUUCAAACUGGCACACAGCAAUGGAAACAUCUCCAUGCACAAUAAACAGUCACUCUAGUCUUGGCCGUGAAUGUGCUAGGUAAUGCCGCGUCCGAAUUUCUUGGCCACGGAAGGAAAUAACACACAAGUCUGUGGCCAGUGGCUGCAGCCGCUACCAUAGGCGCGUGUGCAGCCAAGUGAUCUGGACACAGCCUGAGACUGAAGUAUCUGCUAUUAAAUAAGCCUUGAUCCUCUGCCAUUUUAGCAGUUAGUUUCACUAGAAUCUGAAAUGUGCAGAGCUGCUAUCCUCAUCACAGACUUACUCAGCAGAAAAGUUUCCCCGUUAUCACACAUAGGUUACCAACUAAAACAAGAUGGGGUCUCUAUUGGUUGUGACUGGUCCUCGGCCAAUUUUUGCCGAGAAUGUCAAACUAGCCAGGCUAUAUUUUUCUGCCCAGCACCAUUAAAGAUUGCCCAACCGAUUGUCACCCUUUGUGCUUCAUUUUGUAUUAACAGGUGACUUUCCACCUGCAAGACCUUGGUGGUUUUCGUCUGAUCUGCUCAAUCAAUUACUCCAAGGCCUUGUGUUAUUGAUGUAAAUUAUUCAGUUUCCCUUCGACUAUUGAGUCUGCCCACGACAUAUCACAGGGUGAAUUAAUGAACACACGUACAUGCACAGUUCCUAUUACCAGGUGGUAGUGUUAAUAGUAAUAUGUCCUUCAGCAAGCUAUGCUACCUCAAUAUUUCUAGCUCUUCAACACUUUUGGGAAAAUUACUCUCCCGAUUUCUCGAAAGAGUUAUUUGAAACUUAUAUUCAUAAUUUCCAAGCACCCCCCUCCCCCGGAGAGCAACCCAAACUCCACUCCUUUUUCCCUAUCCCUAUAGUGUUAUGGUGUUUGAUAUUAUGUAGAUAUGUAUUUUUGUGGAAAUUGAUUUGGGUGUGACCUUUCUGUAGUUAUUUUUUCUUCAAAAUUUGUAAUGUGUUUUUAAGUAAUGUUAACUGCAAUACUAAGUUGGAUUUAAACCUUGUGAAUUAUAACGAAAUGUGUUUGAAAUGCAAAUAACUACUGACUGUUUCCUUGUACAAAAAAAAAUUGAAUUAAUAUUUAUUAACCGAUGUUUUUGAAAUAGAAUUGUAAUCGCCACCAAGUAACCAUCUACGACGUAGUUUCUCAGUAUUAUAUUCUGGUGAUGAUGGAAAUUGGUGAUGAAAAAUAUACCCAAGUUACUCAGAAAGCAAUGCAUAUUUGCGAUGUGUACAUAAUGUAUGGAUUUUUUUAAACAAUCGACUGCAAAUUAAAGAACAACUUGAAAAACGA